AUGACGAGUCCAGGUUGUGCCGUACUCGUGCAGUAUUUGACGCAGUAUUACUGUGUGUGUCUCGGCAGCAGACAGGUGGUGAAGAAGCCUCUGAACGCCUUCAUGCUGUACAUGAAGGAGACGAGACACAAAGUACUGCAGGAGGGACGAGAGCGAGAGAGCGCCGCCAUCAACCGCAUCCUUGGACGCAGGUGGAACGCUCUGUCCCGCUCUGAACAGUCCAAAUACUACGAACUGGCCCAGAAGGAGCGACUGCUCCACAUGCAGCUUUACCCGGGAUGGUCCGCCAGAGACAACUAUGGUAAAAGGAAGAGGAAAAGGAGCCAGCAGUCCACAGGAAGCUGCACCAGGUCGGGUUAAAAGACAACAAAAUAAAAGCCUGCUUUAUUUUUAAUACCUGUGUUUGUACUUCAGCUCAGCCAAAGUACAAACACAGGAAUACUACUACUUCUGCUACAACAUCAACAACAACUACUUUCACUGCUACUUCGACUACUACUAUUUCCAGUAGUAGCUUACAACUACCACAAUUUUAUCAUCUACAACAAAUACAAGAACUACUACUUCCUACAAAA